CAGAUCCGAGCGACUUUUGCUAUCAAAAAACUACAAAACCCACAGUUCCUUGUUUGACACGGAACCUGUCUUGAUACUUGCCGGCGUGUCUUCAGACUUUUCUACAGACGCUGACCUACAAAAAUGUCUCCUCCACGGCUCACUGGUGCACUGCGCUCCUUUUCUAGUGUCAGUCGGAAGGAUGACUUCACUGAGAUGCUCUACGAUCUGAAGACUAAACGUCUGAAGAGGCAGGAGCUUUUUGUGAAACAGGACUUGACCUGGCAGAAGAUUGUUGGAUUUUGCACUGACACUCAGGAUCGUGUCAAGCAUCAUACUGCAAGUCAGGAGCUGAAGAGCCUUCUUCACGCAGCCAAACGGAUAGUGGGAGAUGAACAUGGCAAAGAAGCAAUCGAGCAUGCCGCAGUCUUUUUGUUUGAGACCUUCCACAACAAAGAUCAUGUGGGCACCGAAGAGACUCGAACCAUCAAGCAGAUGUUUGGCCCUUUUCCUUCUUCUGCCGCCGAAGACGUGUGCAAUUGUGUUGCACGGUUGAUUGCCUUACUUGGAGACACUCAAGUUGAAGACUUUAUGCAGUCACAGAGCUCAUCUCAUAACUCUCAACAAGGACCCACAUUUGGUCACUGCCUUCCAUUCUCUCAUGACAGCUACACACUGGAUCCUCUGGAGGAGCUGUCUGACACCCGCGAUGAAACUUUGAACUUGGACCUCAUAGACCUCCUUAAUAAUAUACAAAGGGGUACUAAAGCUGCCAGUGGGGAGGUUUACAGCUCAGGGACAUAUGCUGACGGAGCCAUUCUAAGAGCAGAGGUGGAGAAGUAUCUGGAGAGUGGCAACAUGAUUUCUUCAAGCCCAGAAGAGUUAUGCACGUCCUUGUUUGAGAUGCUCUGCUCCCACAAGACCAACGAUGAGCUGCAGAAUGAGCUGUUUGAGCUUCUUGGGCCCGAGGGUCUGGAGAUGAUUUUUAACCUCCUUCAACAACGAAAGGCAAUCGUUGAGGCGCUCUUGUCCAUGGCAUCUGACAUUGUUAACCAACCAUCCGAUGGUGGCCGGAAAGUUGGUGAAAUGUCCAAACCAGCCUUCGGGUGCCAGGUGACCAUUCUUUCCGAGCAGGAGAAGCAGUUGCUGAAAAUGUACCGCAGGGAGGAGAAGAGGGAAAAGAAGAAAGGGAAAGGAGCUGACGAGAUCGAUGCUGCCGAGGGUCUUCUGGUCUUUGACCCGAGAGAGAUGAGAACUCAGCGAGAGCAAGCCCUGCUGACAGCACGUCAAGAACCUGUGCUGACCAGGGAGCGGGUGUACAAACAGAUUCGGUAUCCCAAUGUCUUUGACUCUUACUCUGAGGCUGCCAAAUCACCUGCGUUUGUUGGAGGAGCCAGAAUGAUGUUGCCUGAGGGGAUUGGCAGGGAGAACAAUAAAAUCUAUGAAGAGGUGGUGAUCCCGCCGAACGAGCCAAUGCCCAUUGGCUUUCAAGAGAAACCAGUCUACAUCUCUGACCUUGACGAGAUUGGACAGUUGGUUUUCAGUGGUAUGAAGCGCCUGAACCGGAUCCAGUCCAUUGUGUUCGAGACAGCUUACAACACCAAUGAAAAUCUUCUCAUCUGCGCCCCAACUGGAGCUGGCAAAACCAACAUAGCUAUGCUGACUGUCCUUCAUGAGAUCCGACAACAUCUCCAACCUGGUGGUAUGAUAAAAAAAGAUGAGUUCAAGAUUGUCUAUGUUGCCCCAAUGAAAGCACUUGCAGCUGAGAUGACUCAUUACUUUAGCAAGCGACUGGAACCUCUGGGCAUGACUGUCAAAGAACUGACUGGGGACAUGCAGCUGACCAAGGGAGAAAUCUUAAGAACACAGAUGCUUGUGACAACUCCGGAGAAGUGGGAUGUUGUGACCAGGAAAAGUGUAGGAGAUGUCGCUCUGUCUCAGAUUGUGCGUCUUCUAAUUCUCGAUGAAGUUCACCUUCUUCAUGAAGAUCGUGGUCCAGUUUUGGAGAGUCUGGUGGCCAGGACUAUUAGACAGGUGGAGUCCACACAGAGCAUGAUCAGAAUUUUGGGCCUUUCAGCAACAUUGCCAAACUACUUGGAUGUGGCAUCCUUCUUGCAUGUUAACCCCUACAUUGGCCUGUUCUACUUUGAUGGACGCUUCAGACCUGUACCCCUGGGACAAACCUUUGUCGGAAUUAAAACCACCAACAAGAUCCAGCAACUUCAUGACAUGGAGGAAGUCUGCUAUAAUAAGGUUUUGGAGCAGGUCAAGGCUGGUCACCAGGUGAUGGUAUUUGUCCAUGCUCGAAAUUCCACAGUGAGAACUGCCAUGAGCCUAAUUGAGAUGGCCAAGAACCAUGGUGACUCUUGCUUCUUUCAACCAGAGCAAGGUGCCGACUAUGGCCAGUGUGAGAAGCAGAUUCAUCGCUCCAGAAACAAACAAAUGAGAGAGAUGUUUCCAGAAGGUUUUGGCAUCCACCAUGCUGGGAUGCUGCGCUCAGAUAGAAACCUGAUGGAGAACAUGUUUUCCAAAGGCUAUCUGAAAGUUCUGGUGUGCACCGCCACACUGGCUUGGGGAGUCAACCUGCCUGCUCAUGCUGUGAUCAUCAAGGGCACACAAAUAUAUGACGCCAAGCGUGGAGCUUUGGUGGAUCUCGGGAUCCUGGAUGUGAUGCAGAUCUUUGGCCGUGCCGGUCGUCCACAGUUUGAUAAAUUUGGUGAAGGCACCAUUAUCACUACCCAUGACAAGUUGAGUCACUACUUGACUCUAUUGACCCAGCAGAACCCCAUAGAGAGCCAGUUCCUAGACAGCCUGGCUGACAACCUCAAUGCUGAGAUUGCCCUUGGAACAGUCACUAAUGUGGAUGAGGCAGUCAAGUGGCUCAGUUAUACUUACCUCUACGUUCGCAUGAGAGCCAACCCUCUUGCGUACGGAAUCAACCAAAAGGUGUACCAGAUGGAUCCAUCUAUGGCGCUCUAUCGAAGGGAGCUGGUCCUGGAGUCGGGUAGGAAGCUGGACAAGGCAAGAAUGAUCCGCUUUGAGGAGCGCACCGGCUACUUUGCCUCAACUGACUUGGGAAGAACUUCCAGCCACUUCUAUAUUAGAUACAACACUAUCGAGACUUUCAAUGAGCUUUUCAACUCUCAGCGCACAGAAGCGGACAUCCUUAGCAUUGUCUGCAAGGCAGAGGAAUUUGAACAGUUGAAAAUUCGAGAUGAAGAAAUCGAGGAGCUGGAAGACCUGCUCUGUAACUACUGCAAGCUGCCUGUGGCAGGAGGUGUGGAGAACGGCUACGGCAAAGUCAACAUUCUGCUCCAAACAUACAUUGGUCGAGGGGAGGUGGACAGCUUCUCACUCAUAUCUGAUCUCUCAUACGUGGCGCAGAAUGCUGCUCGGAUUCUCCGCGCUCUUUUUGAGAUUGCUCUGAGGAAGCGAUGGCCUGCUAUGACAUGCAGGCUGCUCACCCUCUGUAAGGUGGUAGACAAGCGGUUGUGGAGUUUUGCCCACCCUCUUCGACAGUUCCCGAACCUGAGCCACAUUGUGCUGAACCGUUUGGAGGAAAAGAAGAUGACAGUGGACAAACUGAAGGAAAUGAGAAAAGAUGAGAUUGGACAUAUGCUGCACCAUGUCAAUGUUGGGCUGUCGGUUAAACAGUGUGUUCACCAGAUUCCAUUUAUCUCCAUGGAGGCCAGCAUCCAGCCAAUCACACGCACCGUCUUACGUGUUCGUCUGGUUGUUACACCAGAGUUUCGCUGGAAUGACCAGGUCCAUGGCUCAGUGGGCGAGCCCUGGUGGUUGUGGGUGGAGGAUCCCAUCAAUGAUCACAUCUACCACUCUGAGUACCUACUGCUGCAGAAGAAACAGGUAGUUACAGGUGAAGCGCAGCACAUUGUGUUCACCAUCCCCAUCUUUGAGCCGCUGCCUUCUCAGUACUACAUUAAGGCUGUGUCUGACCGCUGGCUAGGUGCUGAAGCCAUCUGCAUCAUCAACUUUCAAAAUCUGAUCCUACCUGAGAGACACCCACCACACACAGAACUGCUGGACCUGCAGCCGCUGCCAGUAACAGCAUUGCAGAACCAAGAGUACGAGAGUCUGUACAAGUUCACUCACUUCAACCCCAUCCAGACCCAGAUCUUUCACACACUGUAUCACACUGAUGCCAGCGUUCUACUGGGAGCACCCACGGGCUCAGGGAAAACCAUAGCAGCAGAGAUUGCCAUGUUCCGAGUCUUUAACCACUAUCCAACAUCCAAGGUGGUGUACAUUGCUCCUCUGAAAGCCCUUGUCAGAGAGAGAAUUGAAGAUUGGAAGGUCAGAAUUGAAGAGGGACUCGGAAAAAAAGUGGUGGAGCUGACCGGUGACGUGACCCCGGACAUGCGGGCGAUAAUGCAGGCUGACCUCAUUGUGACCACCCCAGAGAAAUGGGACGGUGUUAGCAGAAAUUGGCAGAACCGAAGUUAUGUGCAGAAAGUGGCAAUCCUGAUCAUCGAUGAGAUCCACCUCCUUGGGGAGGACAGGGGACCUGUACUCGAGGUGAUAGUCUCUAGGACUAACUUCAUCUCUUCCCACACUUCCAAGAGUGUCCGUGUCGUAGGUUUGUCCACUGCCUUGGCCAAUGCUCGAGACCUCGCCGACUGGUUGGAAAUUGGACAGGUUGGUUUGUUUAACUUCCGACCCUCUGUUCGCCCUGUACCACUUGAAGUUCACAUCCAUGGUUUUCCUGGUCAACAUUACUGCCCCCGAAUGGCCACCAUGAACAAACCCACCUUUCAAGCAAUCCGCAGCCAUUCUCCAGCUAAGCCGGUUCUAAUCUUCGUUUCAUCACGACGGCAAACUCGACUUACUGCACUCGACCUCAUUGCUUACCUGGCCACUGAAGACAAUCCCAAACAGUGGCUUCACCAGGACGAGAGAGAGAUCGAGGACAUCAUUGCAACUGUGAGAGACUCCAAUCUCAAGCUCACGCUGGCCUUUGGCAUUGGUAUGCAUCAUGCUGGACUGCAUGAUCGAGACAGGAAGACAGUGGAAGAACUUUUUGUGAACUGCAAGAUCCAGGUCUUGAUUGCUACAAGUACUCUGGCUUGGGGGGUGAACUUCCCUGCUCACUUGGUGGUUGUCAAGGGCACUGAAUAUUUCAAUGGCAAAUCCAGGAGAUACGUGGACUACCCAAUUACAGAUGUUCUGCAGAUGAUGGGGCGUGCAGGCCGCCCUCAGUUUGAUAACCAGGGCAAAGCUGUCAUUCUGGUCCAUGACAUCAAGAAGGACUUCUAUAAGAAGUUUCUGUAUGAGCCUUUUCCUGUUGAAUCGAGCCUCCUCACUGUGCUGUCGGACCAUCUGAAUGCUGAGAUUGCUGCAGGCACAAUUGCCUCCAAGCAGGACGCCAUGGAUUACAUCACCUGGACUUAUUUCUUCAGACGACUUGUGAUGAAUCCCAGCUAUUACAGCUUGGAAGACAUCAGCCAUGAGUCUAUAAACAAAUACCUCUCCAACCUUGUGGAAAGAAGCUUGAGAGACUUGGAAUGCUCAUACUGCAUUGACAUUAAUGAGGACCACAGCAUUGAGCCUCAGACCAAUGGCCGCAUUGCGUCUUACUACUACUUGAAGCACCAGACCGUUCGCAUGUUUAAAGAGCAACUGAGAGCUGAACUUUCCGUCAGCGACCUCUUAUCCAUUCUGACUGACUCUGAGGAAUACGCUGAGCUUCCUGUCAGACACAAUGAGGACCAGCUGAACAGCCAGCUUGCUCAACAACUCCCCCUGCAGGUCAAUCCAAAUUCAUAUGACAGCGCCCACACGAAGACCCAUUUGCUACUCCAAGCCCACUUCAGCCACGCCCCACUACCAUGCAGUGAUUAUGGCACGGACACGAAGACCGUCCUGGACAAUGCCAUCAGAAUCUGCCAGGCCAUGUUGGACGUCGUAGCCAAUGAGGGCUGGCUGGUCUCUGCCCUUAAUAUCUGCAAUCUGGUGCAGAUGAUUGUUCAGGGCCGUUGGCUGCAUGACUCCUCGUUGUUGACACUCCCACAUGUGGAGCAGCAGGACCUCCAUCUGUUUAGGAAAUGGACAGGGAUGAAACAUAUCGAAGGUGGCAACAAGCCAAUUGAGGGACUUCCUGAGCUCAUUGCUGCUUGCAAUGGUAAAGAAAACAUCUUUGCAUCCAUCACCGGAACAGUGUUUUCCUCAAGUCAUAUCAGCCAGGCCUGGUCCUUCCUGAGUCACCUUCCAGUGAUUGAGGUGCAGAUGAGUGUGAAGGGCUGGUGGGAGGAUCAGCUGGAGCAGACUCAGCGCCUGGUGCCUGAAGCUGGUCUCGGCAUGAGAGAGGACAGCAGCUGGCUGGACCUUCAUGCGGACCAGGAGUAUGUCCUGCAGGUGUCCUUGACACGUGUCCAUCAAGGCCAGCAAAGGAGGAAGCAGGACAGUAAGGCACAGGCUCCCCGGUUCCCCAAAGUAAAGGACGAAGGCUGGUUCCUGAUCCUUGGUGAAGUGGACCGCAGAGAGCUACUGGCAGUCAAGCGAGUGGGAUUUGUGCGAAACCACACCAUUUUGCCUGUUUCUUUCUAUACACCACAGCGACCUGGAAAGUACAUCUAUACUCUGUACCUGAUGAGUGACAGCUACUUGGGUCUGGACCAGCAGUACGAUCUUCACUUAAAUGUAACGCCUGCCAGCAUCACCGCUCAGGUCAAUACUGAGGUGACUGACUCGGCUGAGCUCCACUCAUCAAGACACUGAUCCUUUCACCAUUUACCUAUGUGCAGUUGUUACAUGGAUUUUUUUUUUUCCAAGAUUUUCUGUGCUUUCUUCUUGAACUUGCACACGGGUUUGUAUCUGCAGGUAGUUGAGUAACAUUUUUCAAAAUUGCAACAGAAGUUGUCCUUACCAAGUGGGUCUCGUAAGAAGGGUUUGUAUUUCUAUGCCAACUGAGGGACUCCUACUGGUCAGUUUCUUGCCUUUGCAGAAAAGAUUUAUGGAGGUGCAGACUUGCAGGAUUUUUUUCAUUUCCUGCACUGCCUAACACACUGUGCUUGAUAGAGUUGAAGAGGGUUUCCAUUAUACAUGACCAGGGCUUCUAUGCUUUAGUUAUGUUAACGCCAGUCUAAGCAUUGAUGCAAAAGGAGGCUUUCCCCAUAUUAAACAGUCUUUUGAAAAGUUUGCCAUUUCUGUUUAAAACAGCCAAACAUUUUACUGGUUUCAUGUUUUUUCAGCAAGCUUGUAAAAAACGAGAGUUUGAGUUUCUAUUUACGGUGAGUUCUAGUCAUUUAUUACAAACACAAUAAAUGAAUGCUUGAAAUUGUUUAUUCUAUGUGGUGUGGAUUUCCCUUUUAACGGUUCCUUAGCAUGGACUUGAACAGGGCAUUAAUUUUAGCUUAGUUUAUUGAUCAUAGUGAUCAGAAAAUAGACAUGUGACAUCAGCUUCUGAUUCACUUUUUUGUAUCAGUUAUGCCCAUAUUUGGCUAAUAAUGGCCCCUUUCCCCUGGCUGGCAGCCUGUGUUAGUUGCCAACUGGGCCUCCUUCCUACCUACUAGUUAGGUGGGAAGAUUAGUUUCUGUCUCUUUCUCUUGCAUUUUCUGAUCCCAGACGUUUUUGGUUGAACUGAUCGCUAAAUUCAGGGAUGAAGCUUUGAUGUCCUAUGACGUGAAAUGUAGCUUGAUGAAAAGCUGAUGGUGAUGGGAUAUGCUGCCUUCGGGUCAGAAUGCAGCAGAAGGUGUGGAUGCCAGGGUGUCAUCACUGUCUCCCUAGCUCUUUGAACCACCAACCAUGUUUCCAUCUACAACCAUAAGAGUGGGUAUGUUUCUUUUGUUGCUGGGUACUUUGUAUUGUGAAUUGUUUGUUGUCAAAAAUCUGAAGGAACGAUACAUGACUUAAUGAAUACGGUCCUUUAUUGUCCGAAGGUUUAUUUACAAUGUUGUUUCAUUAUAAAAAAAUUCACUCAUUAACAUAUUGAUUUGUUUGGUUUGUAUGAAUAUGGGAUGGUAUAACAGCCACCAAAGAAUUUUAGAUACAUGCAUGUUCACCAAAUUUUGUUGUGUUAAUUACAUUUGAUCUUUUAUGUAAGCACUUAAAAACUUCCUCUGGGAUGUUUUCUUCCACCUUGGCAGCAAAUCGAACACUGUCAGCACAGUUAGAGUACCUCUUUCCGAUACUCGCUGCACUAAAAAAAGUUGGGGUAGGCAGUGCAUCAUCGCUGGGUGCCAACAUGGUGACAUGGUAUUUUUGCAUGGGUGAUUCUGUCAGAAGUUCUUGGAGAGAACGCCCUGCAGUUCUCUCUGAUAACUGAAAUAGAAAGUGAGAAAAAUGACUCACAUUUAAUUAUUUAACACAAAAAAGAACAGGUGGGGGAAAAAACAACAAACAUAUCACAGUUGUUGCCUAUAUUCCUGUAUUUCACGACAUGGGGAAUACUUGAUACUUGAUUCAGGAAGUCACCAGAAAAGACGUCGAAGUCUUAAAGUUGUCGCCUUAAGAAGCUCUACCAUGUUCUUCAUCAUGAUCUUGAUUUAAAUAUUUCUGGGGAAUUUCAAUUCCCAUUUUAAUUAUUUAUAUAUAAUUAUUUAAGUAUUUAAUAUACUAUUAUUUUACUUACUCUGUAAUUACAUGUGAUGAGAUUAUAUGUGCAAUAUUUAGACUAACUCAUAUAACGUUUUAUAAUCGUCAAGAGAAUGUUUAGCUCAUCGGAAAGUUAGAUUGUAAAAGUUCUGACUUUUCAC